GGGGCUCACUGCGCCAUGGCCACCGCCAACGACAGAGCGGUGCUGCAGACCAUCUUCAACCCCAGCACUCCUUUCGGGGACGUCCCCGGGCUGGAUGAGGAUGAGGACAUGCCGCAGGAAGAGGAGGAGGCCUUCGCGCCGGAGCUGCUGGCGCAGGUACGGGACCUGGAGCUGCAGGGCGUUUCUGCUGCUGAAUCCGGAGAUGUGAGCGCAGCCCUGGAGCGGUUCAGCGAGGCCAUCCGCCUGCUGCCCGAGCGCGCCUCGGCCUACAACAACCGGGCGCAGGCGCUGCGCCUCAAGGGCGACGUGGCAGGCGCGCUGCGGGACCUGGACGCCGCCAUCCGCCUGGGCCGGGGCUGCGGCCGCGCCGUGUGUCAGAGCCUGGUGCAGCGCGGGCUGAUCCAUCGGCUGCAGGCCCGCGAGGACGACGCCCGGCGGGACUUCCAGCAGGCGGCACGGCUUGGCAGCGCCUUCGCACGGCGGCAGCUGGUGCUGCUCAACCCCUACUCGGCUCUCUGCAACCAAAUGCUGAGCGAGAUGCUGGGCCGGCUGCGCAACCCCGACGUGGCCGGCAGUGAUUGAGGCCGCCCGACCCCCGUCCUGGCUGAAGCUCCGGGGCAGAGCUGUGCUUGGAAGGACUGUGAAGGUUUAGAGGAGUUGGCAGCAUGCAACCACUCCAGGGCUGCCAUGGGGAAACCUUCCUGCGCCUCAGCUUUGUCGUGGCUCUGUUCCAUCGCAAAUAAACCUCCCAGCAGGGC